UAUGCAUCUGUGCUCUGGGGGUCUAACGUGCAUCACCUCUCCCAUCUGCUGGUUGAUCCCGCCGCGCAUGCGCAAUGUGGCUCUCCAUCAUUUCCAAUAUCCCAGUGUAGGAGAACCAGCAGAGGCAGAGGGCUAAUGGGUAGGCUUCUUAUUCUUAUUAUUUCCAAAGGUCAGAAACGAGCCGCAGCUCCCAUGCAUUCGCCGUGAUGCCCGGGAACCAUGGGAAUACCACUACCCAACUGCGUUUGGGAACCAAUAUGUUGAAAACACUCUACUGAGGUACCCUAUCCUGAGCGGCAAAAAGCAUAUGGUAAAAAAAUAAUAACAAAAGACUUUCCUGUGAAAGCAAAGCCCCUUUUUUAGCCAGCAUCUUCCCGAGUCGGAUGGCUCUGAAAGACAAGAUGCAGUAACUACGCACCAUUGAGCUUUGUAGCCAUGAAGCAGCUGAAAGGGUAGGAAGGGUCUGCUGUGAGCUCGCCUCACCCUACCCGACCACCUACCCACCACCCCAUCGGCUCUACCCGAGAGCAAAGUCCCACGUCGAAGCAGAAUCCUGCAGCUCUAUCCGCAACCUUCCCACCAUCUCCUCCACCGCGGCUUUGGAAGACGAACAUGACGUGCAUCGCGAAGACACCGGUUGAUGUCUGAUAUAUAUACCUCUGAGGUGUUGAGCGUGAAACCAGUGGAGCAAUGAAUGGAGGAAAGGACUAUGAGGCGGGAGAUGAGAGGCAGGCCUACCCUGUCCAGGUCCCCAUUGGCUGGCAGCGCAAGCCGGAGCACCGCGGCGGGGUCGUAUACAUAAGUCCCAGUGGCUCGGUGCUGUCCAGCUUGGAGCAGGUGAAAAUCUACCUGCUGACAGAUGGAACCUGCAAAUGCGGCCUGGAGUGCCCUCUCAUCCUCCACAAGGUGUUUAACUUCGACCCAGGGGCAGCUGUCAAGCAGAGGACAGCGGAGGAUGUGAAAGCAGAUGACGACGUCACCAAACUCUGCAUUCACAAGAGGAAGCUUCUGGCGGUGGCCACGUUGCACAGGAGUAUGGGGACGCACCCGCCUCUGACGCUCACAAGUCGAAGGGGAGGUACAUCAUCUGUGGUCGUUGCGCAUUCCACGUCUCAACGAGCAAUAAGGACUAAACCCCACGAUGGCUUGCCCAAUGCUGUUGGCCCAGACUGCAAGAAUCCUUUCAAGAUGAUGAUGGCAGCCGGACAACAGCAGCAGCAACAGCAGAGGUUGUAUCCACCCCAGGAGAUGGGUGGAGCCCAGCAGCUUGACCUCUACUCGGGAUACCCCAGGACGCAUAGGUUGAGCAGUGGGGAGCCAGGACCCAAAUCCCCUUACCGGGUUGGGUAUGGAGGCAUGCUCAGCCCACCUCCCUCCAGUGCUAAACUGUAUGGAGAUGGCUCACAGUCUCCCAGUGCAGACACUCUGGGCAGCCCUGAUUGCUUUCCAAGGACCAAUCAUUGUGGGUUUCCAGGAGCUGGUAGUCCUGGCUCAGCCUCCAUCCAUGGGAACACUAGGACGUCUCUUUCCCCACACAGUUUAAUGCUCCAUGGCUCCCCUGUGGGCCAGCCAUCUUGCGCCAUGACAGGGAGGACUAGCACGCCCCUCUCCCCUACGGCCACUGCCAAAAGUCCUGUCAUGAACAUGCCUCGGGGGAGCUUCCCUCCUGGUAUGGAUAUGUCUCGCGCAACAUUUCACCAUAAAACACAGGCCCCUGUGCAUCCCAUACCGCCUCCUCCAUCCAUACCACCAUCCUGUGCACUUCAGAAAAGGCAGUUGACCUAUGAAAAAGACCCCUUAGGCAUCCUGGACCCCAUCCCCAGCAAGCUAGUCAGCCAGCCCCCCAUUAACGCCCCAAACCCCUCCAACUUCCAGCCCAAUAUCCACUCUCAGGUACAAAUGAUGAAUGUAAACAUACCCCCUCCUGUCAUCGUUCCCUUGCCAAGCAACUUACCUUUACCCACAGUGAAGCCUGGGCCUGUGGGGCAUGUCAGCCAUGUUCAAAGGACUCAACAGGGUGGUCCGGCUUCCUCCAUGUCCCCCUCCCCUGUCACUUCGCCUGUCCACAUGGCAGGACCUGUCCUUGGCAGAAUUGAGGCCUCUCCUCAUCGUUCACGGUCAUCCUCCACCUCCUCUGACCAUGGGAACUUUGCAAUGCCCUCAGGCCACCAGGCCCCAUGUGGAAACAUGAAGGUUCCUCCUCGUUCUCCCAGGUCCGCAAUAGGAUCUCCCAGGCCUUCCAUGCCCUCUAGCCCCUCCACCAACAAAACUGACCCACAACACCAAUACAAAGACUCCCAGAUGCUGCCCGGUAUGGGAAACUCGAUUGGCGCCCAGCAGCACAACCCCAUGUACUCGCCCACUUCUUCCUCCUCGUCAUCUUCUUCUCUGGCAACCCCUUGCGCUUCCCAGAAGGGCCAUCCAGGACUCCUGGGGAUGCCCCUCAACCAGAUUCUCAACCAACAGAAUGCUGCUUCUUUCCCGGCCAGCAGUCUCUUGUCAGCCGCAGCCAAAGCACAGCUAGCAAAUCAAAACAAACUCAGCCCUGCUGGCAUGGGUGGUGUUGGUGGAGGUAAUGGAGGAGGUGGCGGACAUCCUGGCUCUAUGAGCGGCCCUCGAGGCAUGGAGGGACACAGCACUUUAAACUCAAUGCUCCCGCCAAACUCCACCAUGCUGCUCAACACUCCUGAGGGCCAGAGUGGUCGGGCAGCUCUUCGAGACAAGCUCAUGGCUCAACAGAGGGACCCCAUGCGCAAACGGAAGCAGUCAUCAGGCAGCGCGGCUGUAAACCACGACAAUAGUAACAACAUGGUCUACAACAUGCUUAACAAACGAGGCAUGGGAGGACCCCACAUAGCGGGGCCCAGUGCCACUGAGCAGCUUCGAAAAGUGGGCAGACUUGGAAACCUUACCCCAAACACCUCUAUGGCCCAGCUUCUCCAGUCCAUGAGCUGCCAGAGCUCCCACAACCAUCGCCCAGGUCUUAGCCCUGGCCCAGGGCCUCAAGGAUCUGCACAGAUGCACUACAACGACAGCACUGGUAUGGUUCCUGCUGGCCCUCAGCAGAACCUCCUAGCUCAGCAGAGGCUUAGGGGUCCAGGGGAUGCCAUGCAGCACUGCCAGAACAUGGACACCUCUGGGGGCCAUCUGGGCUCUCGUCCAGGCCAGUUCCCUGACAUAAUAGCCCAGAUGCAGGCCUCUUCCAUGAGUAACUGUGGGCCUAUGGGGCCAGGAGGUGGACCUGUGGGCCCCGAUGGCAUGCCGCUGGGACGCCCCCACACUAACCCCCCACCACUGUCCCAUCCCGGCCCUCACCCCUCACAGCAGAACCUCCUUCACGGUAUGGGUCGGACUACCAUGGUGGUGAUGCCACAUGGAGGUGGUGAUGGAAGCUGUCCACAGACCAUCUCUGAUUCGGGAAACCCGUCAUCCCAUGGCUGUGGUAUGGGCGGCCUGCAGCCACACAUCAACACCGGUGUGGGUCAGAUGUACCAGCAGCAGGUCCACCAGGGCAUGCAGCAGGGGGUGGCCUCCCACCCAGCCUACCAGGCACAGCAGCACUUCUCUGUCAACCCGCCCUAUACAGACAGAAACAACGGCGGCUCCAUGGCCUGCCUCUACCAGAACUACCAGCCGGGGAUGUUGUCUCACCCGCAGUUCAGGGAGGAGCAGCAGCCCCAAGGCGAAGGGCUUCCGGCGGGUGCACCCGGCGGGGACAGGGGCCCGGGUGGAGGCCCGGAGUCGGUGGACGCCAUCUACAGAGCCGUGGUGGACGCCGCUAGCAAGGGCAUGCAUGUAACCAUAACCACCACAGUGAGCGGGACCACACAGUCGAGUCCGGUGCCUGCCCUCAGUGCCAUGAGUGCCUUCACUACUUCUAUAGGGGAGCCGGUCAACCUCCCCCAAGCAGUUAGCACAGUCCUUCACAGGCACCAGGACGGAGAGGUAUUACCCCAGCAAGUCAGGUCGAGGCAGGUGGGGCCGGGUCGGGGUCAGAAGAACAUGGAUCUAGGGAAAAGAACUCCAGACGGCCCCGAGGCCAAUGACUACUUCCGUUCUCCUGGCCGUGGGACUCCCAGGGGGCAGUGGGACGGGGAGACGCAGCACGGCUUCGACGCUCACGGCAACAACAGCGCCUGGGGUGGCGAGGAGUUUCUGGAGUGCUCUACCCAAGUGAGGAGUAGUCCCUGCAUGGAGCGCCCCAGCAGCCUGGCCCCCACCCCGCCCUGCCCCACUGAGGGGUCCAACGACCACGGCCUGGUCAUGGCUCACGAUAAGGCCUUUCUCGACGACGGCUAUCGCUUCAAUAACUGCCACCGAACGCCUGCUAACUACAAGGAGCGUCUGGAGCAGACGGUGGAGCGCUGCGUCCACAUCAACGGCGCCACUCCCCACUUCAACACCCGGGGUUACGGGGAAGUACUGGGCCCCCCGCGGCAAGAGCUGACUGGGGACGACCAGUCGCCCAGCUCCUCCACCAGCCUGGAGGGACCUCUGGCCACAGCCAAAGACUACAGCCACUACAACGGCCACUUCAACGGUAUGGCGCCCAGCCCCUCGGACACUAAGAGCCUAAGCAGCGAGGAGGACCUGCGGCAACCGGACUCUCCUUCUUCAGAGCUGCUUCACUACCGGUCCAGGACCUUCAACAUGGGAGAGCUGGUCUGGGGCCAGCUGAAGGGCUUCCCACCUUGGCCUGCCAAGCUGGCCGGGGACGAACAAGUGCACAGUGCUGCUAUGCAGCUGCGGGAGCAGGCCAAGGUGGAGCCAGAGAAGCUAAAAACAUUGACUCACGACUUGGAGGCUCUCGACCGAGCCGCCAAAAGAGGCCUGAAACCGGGGAAACUGAAUAAUCACUUGGAAGCUGCUAUCCACGAGGCCAUGAGUGAGCUGGACAAGAUGUCGGGCACCAUCCCAUCGAGGGAUCGUCAGGGGAAGCUACCCAAGCCCAAGAGGAGGAAGAUAUCCAGAUAACAUUGAAUGCGUCGGCCCGAGAACGUCCUCGAAGCCUUCGGAGACGGCGUCCAACAGGUGCUACACGCGGACUUUCAGUGCAACGCCCUCUCACUGGCGUCGACUUCACUUAAUGACCACGGGAGGUGCUGGGGAUUCAGUUUCAACUGUUGAGAGAAUAAAACUGAAGAAAUGGAGAAAAAACAUUGGUCUACAGCUCACUGAAUUAACUAUUUUUUUCUAGUAUAAGAUAGUGAAAUAAAAAAAAAAAAAAAAGCUACAAGCAUUACCUUACAUAUUUAAGAAAAAUAGACAGUCCAAAUAUUUCUGAUACAUUUUCAAUAUGUAUAUAGAUAAUCCUGAAAUUUCAUGCUAUUAAGAAUUGUAUGUAAAUAUUGUACAAUGUCAUGUACAAGCAUACCUAAUGCACAUUUUAUCUUUUAUUGUACAAAAACAAAGCAGAAGUGUACCAAUGUCUUGGUUUCUAUUCAGAAGUGCGGUUGCAUACGGCCGCAUGCGUAGGAAAAAUAAUAAUACAGCCUAAAGCUUUUAUAUGAACUGUAAGACGUGCUGGUUUUUUUUUUUUUGUAAGGGAACAGCAGUGGAACAGGCAUGAGUAUAUGAGUUCUCCAUUAUGAAAGUCCCUUCACACCAGUGUUCAUUUAGAUUGGGGGGGGGGGGGGGGGGGGGAGAACGAAAAAAAGAUGUGAAAACAGAAUGAACUUUACCAGCAGAAAGGGUUCAAUGUUCCCCUCAGCAGGUCGGGAGAUGCCGACCGGCCACUCGGACCAGAACAUCAGAUCUGGAGAUCCAGUUCUGAUCUUCAACGAUCACCGUAAGAAGGAAAAAUCCACUCUCACACAUUAAGUGUUUGACCCUUUGACCUUUUGUGAGUGACCCCUAACAUUGGCAGAGGGGUUUGCCUGAAGCGAGAGACGCAACUAUUAUAGAUGUGUUUGGCAUCUAUUUUUUUUUUUUUUUUAAAUACUGAGAAAUUGUAUUAUGGUAUUUCUUUUUUUUUAUAGUUUUGGGCAUUUUAAUGACUAAAAUAGCAUUUGGCAGGUUAAUCGAUAAUAAUAAAUAGUCACCACUUGAUGGCUAGUUUGUGUCUGUUUCUACUAGAGCAACAUCCCCAAUUAGAGUCAACAAUAACUAUUUAAAUAUUUAAUUAAUUGUUUAAGUAGUUUUUUUUUAAUGCUAAUAUACAGUUUUCAGUCUCUCAAAUACGGAGAUUUCCUUCUUUUUAUAUCCUAUUAAACUGCAUGUAACUUUUUAGAGUAAUAACCUACAUGUUUUACCUGUAUUAAAAACACAGAGGACCCUGAAUGCAACACAAAAACAACCCAAAGGUGUUUUUUGGGGUGGAUUUUUCCUUCAACUCCAAGAAAAUCACGGGCUGCAUUGAUGAAUUAUGUCAUUUUGGUUGUUUUUAAUUACGUUCUUGUUUGUACAGUGGUUUUUAUUUUUUUAUUUUUCUUCAUGACUAGUCAACGAUAGCUUUAGGUAGAGUCACCGACCUCCGGCCUCGAACACUAACUCGCUUUUCAAGAGCAGUGAAAGCAUUUCUCUCAUUUAGGGGCCUUGUGUUCUUUUUGCUUAUUGAUGUAAAUUAUUUAUGUACAGUACUCCAUAUUUAUUUUAAGCUUUACAAAUAUGCUAGAUGGCAAUAAUACUACCAAGAGUUGAGAACUCAAGCCUUAUAUGUGUAUAUGUAUGUUUUUGUUUUUUUAACAGUCCAUCACAAAGAAGUGAGCGUUACAGAUUACACGUUUUCUACAGCGAGGCUUUGUGAUUUAUUUGUUUUUGUUACAUAUUGUGUCAUAUAUUUCUUAGUGAAAGGAAGAAAAUGUUAUAACGUCUGCCUCCGAGACCAUACUAUUUAUGAAUAUGCACAUCUGAAAGGUCAGACGCCGUUAACGUUGGUGAUUUAAAAUGCAGUUUUAACACAGUAAAUCAGUCUUAAAACACACACACACAGCUGCUCCUCUAGAUCAAAACAACAGAAAUAUCAAGUGCAAUAUACCGAUGGCAAAGAUCAACCGCUUAUUAGAAACACCUUUUCUUUUGUGCACACCCUCAACACGCAUGCUCAGAAACUCAAACCCAAAGUAGUAAUUUAUUUGUAGCUUUCCCUUUUUUGUACACACGCAGACUCAAACUACAUUUGAUUUGAACUAUCGCAAAGGACCCUACUUUUACAAAACGUUUGUGACGAUAACCGUAAAAAAACCCAAAUAGUACGCAACAUUGUGAAGAGAUAAAAUAUAACAAACACUACUUUUUAAAAAACGCACCUUUCGGUUUUUUAUAUCCCCCCCCCCGAAAACGAGGAAUCCCACAAAUGUGUGUUGAGUUUUGUACCUAAAAUCCUAAACGAGGACACGUGAGCUCUUUCGGUAAAGUUCAUUCUGACCCCCCCACACCCCCCUACUCACCUGUUUUUUGUGCAAUGACAUGCAGGAACCCGGUCUCGUGUUGGGAACCCAUGUGUUAUGGAUCAGUUAUUUGUGGUCAAGAGUUCGAAGCAUCUUUGUGUCGGAGAAGAUCUUUUUAUUUUUGUUCCUCUUCCCGCCUGUGAUUGUGUGUCGAGGUGCGAGUGUGAUUUUUAUUUUAUUUUUAAUUUUCCUCUCUUUGAAUCUCAUUUCCCUCUUCUGGCCGUUCAUCGUCAGUAUCUUUUUAUUUUGUCGACUUGUAAUUUAAGUAUAUAUUUUCUCACUAAUAUAUACUUUACAAAAAAAAAUAGACUUGCGUGAAGUAUGAUGUGCACUUGAUUGCUCUUUGUUAAUUUUUUUCUUUUUUGCAUUAAUGUGGACUAGGGAUAGUUUGUCAGAGUCCAUUAUUUUGAGAUUGUUUGGACUUUUUUUUUUAAUGGUUUGAUGUAAGCAGCAUUUUCUUUGUAAAUAUUGUGAAACAUUACAGGUCAUGCAGUGAUGUAACAUUGUGAACAAUGUUGCACAGAUGUUUAAGAUAUUAAAAACAUGGUCACUCUUA